UAUCCUGGCUCCUGCACAACAAAAAGAACACAUCCUUAGACGGACAUCCUUGAGGAUGAGGUGAGCCUCUGCUGCCAUGGCAGCCACCUGCCAGCUGUUGUGCCACUCUCGCUUCGGUUGGUCCGCUGGUGUCCCACCCUGUCCAUUGCACAAGGAAACAUGGACCUCUCCGUCUUCAGACAACAACUGAACACAACUGGAGGAAGUGUUGUGCCCACAUGGGCAGUGUUCUGGCUUUGUCCUCCAGUCCGGGCCAUCAAAACUGGCCUUUCUCCCCGGACCCUCCUCCUUCUCACUGGGACGCACAUCCUGCUCACUGGGACAGUCCGCCACGCUGGGAGCGGAGAGAGGGCCGCCUGCCCAACCCAGGCAGCUUUCACUCUCUCCACAGGAGCUGCAAAGAUGUGUUCCCUCAACAGAUUGAGGGAGUCAAGAUGAUCCUCAACAAAACUCUGAGCAGCUUCUUCAAAGUCAGUCAUACUCUCCACCUCAGUGCUGUCAGUCCUUCGUACUAUCGUUUCCACGUGGAGCAUCUGCAGUCUGAUGACUACAGCAAGGACAAGGAUUCCCCAGCAUUGAUCGGAGAGAUGGACUCCUCUGGCAGCCUGAAUGCUCACGCUCUGCUACAUCUCACCGAGCGAGUACGAGCCAGGACAGUGUUCCAGACCCAGCAGUCCCAGUUUGUAACGUGGCAGUUUGAAACCGAGUACAGAGGGAAUGACUUUACUGCUGCUGUGACAGUAGCCAAUCCUGAUAUCCUCAGAGAGUCAGUUAUCCUUGUGGCACACUUCCUUCAAAGUGUGUCUUCUGGGCUGGUUUUAGGAGGGGAGCUGGUCUACCAUCGGGGCCGAGCAGAGGAAGGAGGAAUUCUUACUUUAGCUGGACAGUACUCACGACCCAACUGGGUGGCAACGCUAAAUGCUGGGAAAGGAGGUGCCCAUGCUAGCUACUACCAUAGAGCCAACAAACAGAUCCAAGUUGGAGUGGAGUUUGAGGCAAGUACCAGGACACAGGAGACCACAACUUCAAUUGGGUACCAGAUGGAGCUCCCAGAGGCCAAUAUGGUCUUUCGAGGCAUGAUAAACAGUCGGUGCAUAAUAGGAGGCGUGUUGGAGAAGCGGCUGACACCGCUCCCUGCCACCCUCAUUAUGGGCGCCUUUGUAAAUCACAGAGGUGACAAGCUUCAAGUUGGCCUCGGAAUCAACGUGGGAUAAUCAUCCAAUAACGUCCGUUUCAGAGCCUUCAUUAAGGCCCUAUCUUCCAGGACAAAACACUUGAACCACCUGAGGAUCGUGGAUUGUUUGGGUGUUGGAGCUGAUAGUUGGAGCUUGAAAGCUACCUCUCAAAAUGGUGGUGAUGUUGUCUGAUUGGACUAAACAGAUGUGUUUCUGUCCUCCCGAAACCAACCUAGACAACGGACACAGAAAGGGAUCUGCUAUGUCCUGCAAACUGAAAAAAACAAAAGGUUUUAUACUGUAAGUAGUGUUAAUGAAAGGAAUGAAUAUAGACUACAUUGAAAAGUAAUUGUCUUUCUCAUGUUUUACCCCAUUAACUGUAACUGUUGUAUAUAGUUGAACCUCCUGCUGACCACUUUAUAAAAAAUAAAUAUACUUAAACUAUUAGGGACAUGCAAUACCAAUGCCCAAAUUCACAUUACUUUCCAAAUACUUUUUUUAGAUAAAUCUAAGCGGCCGUCGUCAGAAAUGCAAAAUGGAUGUAGUCCUGCUCAAAUGCCAGAGUGAUCCUUAAAACUGUGUGUAUGAGUAAGUAAUUAUCUUUUUUUUGCUAGCUUAUAAAACUGUGUGAGAAACUGCACAUGAACAAACAACAGCAAGCUCCCUGUUGACUGUAAGGGAAAAUGCUCGCGCCAUGUUCUGACGUUAGGGAGGCUAUGCACGGACUGCUGAGCCUGGACUGUACUGUAUGUGAAUAGAUGAAGGAUCUGUAUGCAACCUGCACUACUCACACUGCUUCUGGGUUUUUCCAGUCCUGUUUAAUGAAAUGUGGCAUACAUAUUAUUUAUACCUCAUGUAAUGUAAACAUAGAGACUUGUGGAAGAGUGUCUUUUUUGACUUGAUUUAAUAAAGAUGUUAUUUCUAGUAUA